GUCUAGCCCCAGGGGCCGGUCGGAGGAGCGGCGGGAGGGGGGCGCGGGGGGAGCCCGCCGCGCCGCCGGGUGCGGGCGGGAGGCCCCGCCGCCGCGCCCCGUCCGCCGAGCGGGGAUGACCCUGUCGGGCGGCGGCAGCGCCAGCGACAUGUCCGGCCCUACCGUCCCGGCGGCCGAGGAUGUGGAUAUCGACGUGGUGGGCGAGGGCGACGACGGGCUGGGCAAGGACAGCGACGGCGAGGCCGGCAGCCCCGCCGCCCUGCCGCGCCUGCCGCUGGACGAGGCGGCGGAGCUGGCGCUGCCCGCGGAGGCGGGCGCGGGCGCGGAGAGCGGCAGCAGCGGCAGCGGCAGCCCGGCCGAGGUGGCCCCCGGCGGCGCGGCCGAGGGCGGCAAGGGGGGCGGCGAGGAGGGGGCGAGCGGCGGCGGCGGCGGCGGGGCGGCGGCGGGGCAAAGCAAGCCCAAGAGCAGCCUGGUGAAGCCGCCCUACUCGUACAUCGCCCUGAUCACCAUGGCCAUCCUGCAGAGCCCGCAGAAGAAGCUGACGCUCAGCGGCAUCUGCGAGUUCAUCAGCAACCGCUUCCCCUACUACCGGGAGAAGUUCCCUGCCUGGCAGAACAGCAUCCGCCACAACCUCUCCCUCAACGACUGCUUCGUCAAGAUCCCCCGGGAGCCCGGCAACCCGGGCAAGGGCAACUACUGGACGCUGGACCCGCAGUCCGAGGACAUGUUCGACAACGGCAGCUUCCUCCGCCGCAGGAAGCGCUUCAAGCGGCACCAGCAGGAGCACCUGCGGGACCAGACGGCGCUGAUGAUGCAGGGCUUCGGCGCCUACGGCCUCGCCGGCCCCUACGGCCGCCCCUACGGGCUGCACCCCGGCGCCUACACCCACCCCGCGGCCGCCGCCGCCGCGCUGCAGUACCCCUACAUCCCCCCCGUGGGGCCCAUGCUGCCGCCGGCCGUGCCGCUGCUGCCGUCCAGCGAGCUCAGCCGCAAAGCCUUCAACUCCCAGCUCAGCCCCAGCCUCCAGCUGCAGCUCAACAGCCUGGGGGCCGCCGGCUCCAUCGUCAAGUCGGAGCCCAGCAGCCGCCCCUCCUUCAGCAUCGAGAACAUCAUCGGCGUCCCGGCCGCCAGCUUGGCCGCCAGCGCCCAGACUUUCCUGCGGCCGCCCGUCACCGUGCAGUCGGCCCUGAUGGCCCACCAGCCGCUGGCGCUGGCCAGGACCACCGCCGCCAUCGCCCCCAUCCUCAGCGUGCCUACCAACAUCAUCGCGGGGCAGUUCCUGCAGCCCGCAGCCCCCGCCGCCGCCGUGCAGGCCAAGUGGCCGGCGCAGUAGCCCCGGGCAGUGAGUUCCUGCAGCCCGGCCGCCCCCUCGGGGCUCCGCGGCCGCCCCGCCCGGGCUCCGAGCAGCGGGGCAUCGGCCGCCCGCCGCCGCCGCUUGUACAUAUUUGUAUCAAAAAUCACUGACGUUGCUUUCGGGGUUUUUAUUUUUCUAAAGAGGCGAAAUGACGGUCGCGAUUAGGAGCCGCGAACUUUCACUUUUUUUGAAGGUUCCGGCGCUCCGAGCGGUUUUAUCUGAAAUAAACGAACAAACGAGGAAAAAAAAUGUAUAAAAAAAUUAAGCGGGGGAAAUUUUAAAUAUUAAACGAACGAACAACAAAAAAAGAAUUUUGGAGGAAAAAAAAACAAAGGAGGAAAACGCUGUCAUUCUAUUAUAGAAGUCUGUUUAUAUAUGAAUGAAUAUAUGUAUUCUAAAUGUUAUCCCUUCGUGUUGUACACAACUUUGUAAAUAAAUUUUUA